UAAGAGUUAUCUUGACAAAGCUGUGUCAAAGCUGAUACAGUGACAGGAAGCUACACACAAAUGGCUAAUUGGUUAAGCUCGCAGAGGCUGCUGGUAAUUCAAUUGUAAAAUUAGUUCUCGUGUUAAUUCAGACACCCAAUGAAGUUUUUUUUUUACACAAGGGAAGAAGGGCUGUUGAAGUGUUAUCUUGUUGAAGUCAGUACAAUGGCAGGAAGCUGACUUAGGGGCUAUGAGGGCCCACUGGCUUUUCCAGCUGAGGCUGCCAAGACCAGGGUUUUAAUGCCAUCCUUCUAACAAGGAUAUCCUGGCCUGCAUUCACACAGGAAGAAACAACUUGUCUGCAUUACAGCCUGCUGCUGGGGAAGACCAUGGAUAACGUUUGCUUAAGAAACUUGGCCUAUGUGAGACUGCGUGAAUCUCCUGUACUUGUAUUGUGUCUCAACCAUGCCGUUGUAUAUAUCAGGCCCUGACAAUGUGCUAAAAACACUUAAAAUGAAGAACUAAGAUUAAUUAAAUAUUAGGGAUCUGUAAUUAUCUGUCACCCUAACCCCUAACCCUAAGAAGGUUUAAAAGUACCUGAUAAUCAUAAAUGCCUGACAUGCAAUGGCGAUUCAAAAUCAGACAACAACUAAAAUGGUUAAUGAUUCGUUUUGUUGUAUGGCAAUGUAGUCAUGAAUAAAUAAAGACGACACUCUAUAUGCUGUCGUGUGAUAUUUGAUGGUUUUCCAAAUCCGUCUGUAGCAGCAGCAAUUUAACCAGCAGGGGGUGGUAGUGAUCAUUCAAAUUAGGAGCGCCCCCUCCCACAUCGGACAAUGGAACUCUGAGCAGGGAAGACCGCGGGUUAGGGAGUGGGCAUCUCGGGCAGCAACACUUGAGAUCGGUCAAUGCCAUCCGCAAAAGAAACAUGGAUGAAUGACCUGCUACGGGGAUCUAGUGAUGUUGCUGUAAGAAUGCCACCCCAGCACACUUCUCGCUUCUUUUCACUUUUUCUGCUCUUCUGCAACGUUUUGGGGACACUGGCGAAAUCCCUACCGGACCAGGCAGCACUUGAGGUGUCAGUCAAAGUUCAGGUCUUGGAUAACAGCGACCUUUCUCCCUUGGUGGAUGCUGAUGUGCAAGUGUACGGAAACCAGUCGGUGCUGGCAUCCAGCAAGGCCAGCAAAGAUGGGAUGGUCACCGUCACCUUUCUCUACCGCCCUGGCACCUGGGUCAUUGUGACGGCGUCGAAGCACGGCUUCAUCACCAACUCUGCCCCGUGGCAUGCUAGUCGUAUACCUUUGUAUGCCUCAGUCAGCCUGUAUCUUCUGCCUCAGAAACCGGCCACUCUCAUCCUGUAUGAUGACGUGGUUCAGCUGCUGCUCGGAUCCCCAGGGGCGAAGAACCAGCCAUGGGUGCAGCUGCAGAGGAGAGCAAUUCAGGCGGGGCUCAACACCUCUGACCUGGCCCUCUCUGCUGUGCUGACGGCCGCCAGGAGCCAGUAUGAGCUUGGGGGCUUCCCAUACCCUCUGGGCCUGGAGAACAAUGCCACAGGGCCCAACAGUAGCUGGGUGGAGCUGACGGCGGUGGCGGCGGUGUGCGCCCUCCUCUCUGCUCAGAACGGCAGCAGCAUCCCCGUGUCUGACCCCAUCCACGUCUCCAUCCCUGUCCCCUCCGACUCCCCCCUCAAGAUGGCCACCAGCGUACCCGUGUGGCGCUAUGACGACCGAACAGGCCUCUGGGUGAGGAGUGGAGCAGGCUACAUUAGGAAAGAUGGAUCCCACUUGACCUGGAGCUUUGUGGCUCCUCAGCUUGGCUAUUGGCUGGCAGCCUUCCCAUCCUCUACAGGCACCGCUCUGAACCCCUCUGGCCUGGGUGACAUCACCACCUACCACACCAUCUUCCUUCUGACCAUUCUGGGCUCCAUGGCGCUGCUGGUCCUCAUCCUCCUGUGUGUCCUCCUGUACUACUGCAGGAGGAGGUGCCUAAAGCCACGAGUGCAGCACCGUAAACGUCACCUGUCAGCGGCGCUGGACAGCUCCAAGCGGGACCAGUGCACCUCCACCUCCCAGCUGCACCUCAUCAGCAGCGGACACCUGGAGACGGCCUCGUGCAUGGGCGAUAGCGACGCGGUCAAGUCUGACCUCUCCUCCACGCGCGACCUGCACAGCUCGCGCGAGGAGUUCUUCCGGAAUGCUCCAACAUCCGCCUCGGCCGCGCAGAAGCUGCGCCACUCGAAGGUGAACUCUGACACGCUCACGCGCCGCGGAGGAGGAGGAAGAGGAGGAGGAGGAGGAGGAGGUGAGAAGGAGAGCUUCCAGUUGAAGGUUGCCCGCUCCACCAACACCACCACCACCAGCAACCUGGACCCGCUGCUGCUCCGCGACGAUUGCAGCGGCCGCUACAGCUCGGGGGACGACGGCGACGACCGUCGCAGCCACCACCUCCACCUCCACAGCGCCAAGGACAACCAGGGCUACACCUCCGACAUGCCCUCGCCACCCCUUCUCCUGCCUCCCUUCGCCGGGCACUACCAGGACGGCAAGCCCCCAGAGUACACAGCCUCCCAUCCCCCGGUGGGCAACACCCAGGGGCAGCUGGUGUUCUGCCACUCCAUGGAGCAGAUGACGGAGAGCAUGUACCGAAGCGUGGUGCCCACGCUGGUCAUCCCGGCGCACUACGUGCAGCUGUCCUCCGACCUGUCGGCCAUCGAGCAGGCCAUGGAGCGGCAGCAGCAGCUGCAGCAUGACAUGGAGGGUAUCCAGGUGACCAUGACGCUGCCACGGCCGGGCCAGGGGCAGAAGCAGCAGCAGCAGGAGAACCAGAGCCAGCAGUCACAGCAGGGGACGGAGGAGGAGGGAGGGGAGCGCCAGGGCGAGGGUUGUGAUGACGGUCGGAAGGACUGGACGCCUGACCCUUCCUCAGGGCCUGUCCGCAUCCCGGUGCUGUUCAACGACUCGACCAUGGCGCAGAUGAAUGGCGAGCUGCAGGCACUGACGGAGAAGAAGCUACUGGAACUGGGCGUGAAGCCACAGCCGCGCGCCUGGUUCGUGUCGCUGGACGGGCGGGCCAACUCGCUCGUGCGGCACUCGUACAUCGAGCUGGGUAACGAGACGUCGACGGGGCGCCUGCCCAUCAUCACCACCACGGGGCUGGAGCAGGAGCAGCACCGGUCAGGGUUGCGCAACGCCCGCGCCGCCCAGCUGCAGCAAAAACGACGUGAACGGGACGAGCAGAAAGCCAAGGAGGGCAGCAUGGAGCAGCGCAAGCUGCAUGGCAAGUCGUACUCCAAACUCCCGGUGAUCGAGCCGCCGGACCCCCCGAGCAGCAGCAGCAACGAGAGCCACGUGCCGCUCUACUCGCCCGAGGACAACUCCCUCACUCCGCUGCUGGACGAGGACGCGGCACCCGCCCGGGGCGGUACCUUCCCCCGCAGCGGGCGCAGCCGUGACAACAGUGCCCGGAGCAGCACCAGCGACACGCUUAGGAACUCCGCAACCAGCCCUGACGACGACGGCGGCGACGACAAAGACGACGACGGGGAGAACAAGAAGAGCCCGUGGCAGAAGCGCGAGGAGAGGCCGCUCAUGGUGUGGAAGUAGAAGGGAAGCGGUUCAUCCUGCCCCCGAACUUACGCCUCGCAAUCACCGCGUUUCGAUUGAAGUUGCCCCAACAAAAUAAGACAGUCACACUGUGAGAGAGAAAAACUGUGAAACAUGACAGAAAAAAAAGACAAGCUAUACCCACACAUUUAAGAAAAGAAAAAAAAGCACAACUGUGACUAGAGCAAGGACCAGUUUGCUGCUGACCCUAUUUCGCUGUUAGCUGUAACCACUUUGGGAGCCAACCGUGUCUGCAUAUGUGGUGUUGAAAGCCAUUUCCCAGUGAGCGUCUGGUUGGAGUUGUAGCCUACUAAGAAGGCUCUCAGACAGGAGAGUUUUUUUUCUCCCUGGCCUUAGGAGGAGCCGAUUGACUUGAUUGACAGCAGGUGGGUUACUAGGCUAAAUCAAAUCAGAGUGUUCAGCUGGCUAACUCAACCAUCAACGCUGGGUUUUAUUUUUUCUCUUCUCUCCUGAAAUCUUUGCUGUGGUACCCUUGGAAACCUCACUCCUCUCACUUUCCUUAAGACUUCUCUGUUUCAAGAGAUGCCUGUUCAGUUGAUGAGCCAUUUCUUCUGUCUUGCGUUCAGGAAGAGAACCAAUGGCCUUACAGAACCUAUGGGUCCCAAUGGCGAGCCAUCCUUUUUUGUCCUUUGUGGGCUCCCAUAGACCAAUGACCCAAUGAAUUGCUAUCUAAGGAAAUGAUCAAUUUAUUUCAGUAUUUUUAUGCGUAGAUUUGUGUUUGUUUUUAAAGAAAUGGGUCUCCUUGAAAGUGUUUUUACAUGUACAUUAUAUGAAAAAAUGGACCCUUGGGAUUUUCUAGGAUGUGAACAAAGACUGGACUCGAUAAGCAUUUCACUAGAAUGUGUGCCAGGGCACUGGUUAACAUUAGGCAUUGCCACAGGUGUCCGGCGACGAUGUAUAGUGACAAUAUGUUGCCCUUGCACCGAGGCUGUCUUUAUUCGAUGGCCUUAGAAUAUCUUAGGGGUGAUUCACUAAAGCUUGGUCAAUAUCGCAAAGGGAAAUAUGUUUUUUUGCUGACUAAGGAGUGUUUUUAGACAAGUUAUGUUUUUUGUUUUAUUUUCUAACCUGUGGAUAACUGUACUUGCAUAAUUAACAUUUUGUUGAAGGAGUUACAGGAGGAAUCGUUUGCUGUGUCUUGCAUGAUGAACAGAACCAUCAGAAGCAUUUUAUGUGUUAAAACAGUAAUAAAAUGUUUAUUUGCUUUCACCUAACACCUAGUUAUUAGCCUAGGCACAUUUGCAGCACUCAAAGGUGACUGAUCUGUGAGUUUUCAUUGUAGAAGAAAUCCACUGUAAUUCUACGAUAAAAGACUGUUCUCACAUAGGCUCUACUGUAAGUUAUACAACCUUUGCCAUUUAUUCUGAAUGUCCAUUACACAAUAGUUUAUCCCUUAAUACUAAAGUUGGUGAUUUUGACCUGCUAAAUGAAGUCAUAAUUAACUGGAAACCAUCAGAAUCAGUGUUGUGCACAAUCAUUCAGGGUGUUGUACUGGGACACUUGGUUUCCUCAAUUACAUUUACACAGACAUUUAGAAUUAGCCAUAGUUCUGCCAUCAAGAUGUGGUGGGGCAAAGCAAAAAAAAAAAGUAAUUUAGUAACUUCACUUAUUAAACCACAACCUCUGCCUCUAGUUUUGAUUCUUGUCAGGGGAACAUUUUUCUCUGUCUGUCAGAAUGACAGCAGGUGGCAUGUGAAAGGUCACUGUAUCACUGCCCGUGAAUCUCUUAGAUGUCCCUUACUGAUAGACACUGGCCUUACCCCAUAAGCUACCAUUUGUCAGCUACUCUAUUGUGAUGAAUUGUGUGAAAUUGGACCAUGAUAGAUUGAGCAGAUGGUAAGAUUGUUUACCAGCACCACACCAUGAAAUUAUAUCCGUUAAGGAUCUGCACUAUUUGUGCCAAAGUUUAAUACCAAGUAUGGCCACCCCAACCUCAAUAAAACUAAUUUAUGACUUACA